GUUUCUUAAAAGAUCCACGGAGUGUCGCUAGUGUAGUACGUUAUGUGACCGUCACGCCAAAGCUUGGCGCCUCCGGCACUCUUACCGUCACGCCCCUAGUGGCGAAACAAAAGAACUAAAAAAACACCACGCAUUUGAACAACCGCUGCUAUUCGCUCUCUUCCGUUCCAACCACCGAGCUAGACACACGCGUACUCACGAGCAGUAAACAAAGACGUGAAACUAGUCACUACUUCCUCUUUACUCUUUAAGAUUUUGUUAAGUUUGUUAUAUAUUUUGUACAUGACCUUUUUGAUACGUUUUAUAAUAAAAUAUUUAUAUAAUAUUUUUCCCUAGUGAAUUAGUGAUUUCCUAAUAUAAUUGAACACGCUACGGUUACAAUACAACCUCGAGACAUCUAACGCAUGCGCAGUACUCGGAUAGUUAUGCAGGUUGCAAUGCGAUUGCAACCACGAGGCAUUUUAAACAAGUUUAUGGUGCCUUCAAUGCAACUACAACCAUGAGGUACCACUGCAAAUGUACAUUUGUAUUUUAAAGUGCAACAACAAGUGUAAAUAUAAAGAUUAACAAAAUGAUUCAUAGUAAAAUAUUUGCACGAAAUCGUGCGCUCGGUUACGUUAGUAAUCAUAUACCCGUAGUAACGAGAUAUAUUCAAAGAAGGAAAGAAAAUCUUUUGGUAACCUGCGUUGGUAAAGAAUUUCAUACUUAUGGCUGUGCACAUUUUACUCUAUUGAGUGUCUCUGGAACACAUCCUGAAAAUAUAACUUGUUUAUCUGCGGAUUCUUAUCACAUUUAUACAGCUGCUGAUAAUAUCGUUUAUGCAUGGAGAAGAGGUACAGAAUUAAAGCAUACUUACAAAGGCCAUGAAAGUACUGUAUACAAUAUAUUACCCUUUGGUCCAAAUUUAAUCACCAUCGAUGAGAAUAGUACAGUCAUCAUUUGGGAUAUUAAAACUGAAGAAUUAAUCUUAGAAUUGAAAUUUUCUAAUAUGCAAUUUCAAAUAACUACCAUAAUACAUCCUAUUACUUAUAUGAACAAAGUUUUGUUCGGUAGCCAACAAGGUAGCUUACAAUUAUGGAAUAUAAAGACUUCUAGGAUAAUUCAUAAUUUCAAAGGAUGGAAUAUGGCUGUCACCGCUUUAGAACAGGCACCAGCUAUAGAUGUUGUUGCGAUUGGUUUGAGCGAUGGAAAAAUUUUAUUACACAAUCUUAAAUUCGAUGAGACGAUCUUUGAACUGAUACAAGACACCGGUAGUGUUAUUUCAAUCACAUUUCGUAACGACGGCAUUCCCAUGAUGGCUACUGGAAGUUUAAACGGACAAAUCAUAUUUUGGAAUAUUGAACAAAGAAAAGUUGAAACCCAAUUAAACAAAGCUCACUUUGAUGCUGUAACUGGUUUAAAAUAUCUACCAAAUGAACCGUUAUUGGUUUCUUCUUCGCCUGAUAAUUCUUUAAAAUUAUGGAUUUUUGACUUUAACGAUGGAGGUCCAAGAUUAUUGAAAGUAAGAGAGGGUCAUUCCAAACCGCCAACAACUGUUCGCUUUUAUGGCAACAAUAGUGAUAAUAUACUAACUGCGGGAGGUGAUUCCUCUCUUAGAAUAUUUUCUACGAUUACGGAAACAUUUAAUAAGAGUUUAGGCAGAGCUUCAUUUAAUAGAAAAUCAUCUAAGAAAAAAAGUAAAGCUGUGGAAGAUCCAAUGAUAAUGCCUCCUAUUGUACACUUCGCUACGGAAACAACUCGAGAAAAAGAAUGGUGUAAUAUAGCAGCUACUCAUUCUGGUUUAGGUAUGGUUACUACCUGGUCUUAUAAUCUGUUAAAAAUGGGUGAACACAAGUUAUUACCAAAGAGAUUGAAAAUUGAUCAUAAUGCUACAGCAACUUGCUUGUGCAUUACCAAAUGUGGAAAUUUCGUUAUUAUUGGAUAUAGUACUGGUCAUGUAGAUCGAUUUAAUAUACAAUCAGGUACUCAUAAAACUAGUUAUGGCAAUAAAAAUAAGCAUACAGGUCCAGUAAGAGGGGUAGCAGUUGAUGAUUUAAAUCAAGUCGUUAUCACUGCUGGAAAGGAUGGUUACAUUAAAUUUUGGGAUUUUAAUUCUAGUCGUGAUAUAGGACUAAAGUCUUUCAUAAAGCUAUCUGAGUCGAUUGAAUGGUUACGUUACCACAAUGAAUGUACUUUCAUAGCUGCUGCAUUGGAAAGUUUUGUAGUAAUUAUAAUUGACUUAGAUACUAAAAAGGUAAUACGACAUUUUCGUGGACAUAGAGGAUAUUUAACAGAUGGAACAUUUAGUCCUGAUGCAAAAUGGUUGAUCACAUCUUCUAUGGAUUGUACAAUAAGAACUUGGGAUAUUUUAUCGUCUAAUUUAAUAGACAUUUUUUCUGUACCAAAUGCGUGUAUAUCCCUAAAUUUUUCUCCAACCGGAGAAUUUCUUGCAACGGCACAUACAGGCAAUGAGGGAAUAUACUUGUGGUCGAAUCGUACAAUUUAUUCUCAUGUAUCUUUGAAAGCUAUAAAAGAGGAAGAUGUAAUACCAAUGAUUAAUCUUCCUAGUUCUAUAGUAAAAGAUAAUCAAGAAAACAAUGAAGAUCUUAGUGAAGAAGAACUGCAAUAUGUUUCUCCUGAACAACUUAAUGAAAAUUUAAUUACAAUAUCGUCAUUAGCGCAAUCUAGAUGGAAAAACUUGCUCAACAUUGACAUCGUUAAAAAAAGGAACAAACCUAAGAAGCCUCUUCAAGCUUCAGAAAAGGCACCAUUCUUUUUACCGACUAUUCUCUCAUCGGAUAUAAAAUUUGAUUUGUCAGAUGUUCAAAAUUCUACCAAUGUUCCAAGAUUACGAAAUAGCAAAGAUUUUCAAAUUUUAACGAUAUUUGGAAAAAUGUUAUGUUCCACCUUGGCAUCGGAUGAAAAUUUCAUAGAUGUUAUUAAUAAAUUAAAAUCUAUGAAUCCGAGUUCCAUCGACUUUGAAAUUCAAUCUCUUUCGGCGGAAGAAGACAAUACUAUAUUAAUGUUAUUACAAUUUAUGAAAGUCUUAUGUUUUAUGAUGGAGCAUAAAAUUGACUUUGAAUUAGCGCAAACUUAUUUAGGAGUAUUUUUAAAAUGGCAUGGUGAGACAAUAUCUGAAACUCCAAAAUUAAGAGAUACUUUAAAAUAUUUACAAGAUCUGCAAUUGAAAAAUUGGCAUAUACUUAGAGAAAAAUUAUUUUAUAAUCUUAGUAUCGUAAAGUCUCUUAAGAAAAUGUAACAUGAAUAAAAUAUAAAAUUUUUUAUACUUUUUUUUUUUUUUUUAAGAAUUUAAUUAUAGUAAAUGUAAAAAUAAAUCAAAAAAGGAAAGAAAAGUAUUUUAUAUUACAUAUAUUCAUAACCAUGAGUAAAAUCAUAAUAUAUGUAAUACAGUAUAAAUACAAAUAUAUAUCAUCACGA